GCGGAAGGGGGAUUUUGUUAGGCGAUGAAAGCAAAUAGCCCGAGGAAGCGGCGAUUGUCAGUUCAAAGAGCUUCAGUAGUUGCGAUCUGAUGUGGGCGACUUUAAGAUCCCGAUAUCUGCAUCUAUCUACAUCAUCGUUACCUUCGACCUCUCUCACAUAUGGAUCGUGGAAGCUAGGGUUUUCUGGAUUAAAUCAGACGUUUUCUUCAACCACCGUGGAAAGAAGCAAUGAGCUGUUGAGCCUGCAAGAGGCGGAGAAGGUUCUAAGCGACGUCAGAGCUGAUGACGUGUCGGUGGUUCCGGUCGGGGACCAAUGCGAUUGGGCCGAUUUCAUGGUGAUUGCCACCGGGAGGUCCCCGUGGCACGUCAAGAACAUCGCCCAAGCCCUAAUUUACAAGGUUAAGCAGAAGCAAAAAGGAGCUAAGAGGAUGGUAUUACCCAGUGUACAAGGGCAAGAGACGGGAAAAUGGAUUGUCAUCGACUCGGGUAGAGUGAUAGUUCAUGCUCUCGACGAGAAGGCAAGAGCUUAUUACAAUUUGGAGAAUAUUUGGACUUCCAAGACAGCCCACACGGAACCAGUCGAGGACUUGACAAAAGCUUUUUUGAAGGUUCGACGUAUUAAUAAUUCCAAAAAGCCAUCCCAAAGAAGUGAUCAAUAGAAGGAGUUACUUUGUUUCAUUUAUCACUUGGAUUUUGCAGGUGUAGUUUGUUAGUACGUAGUGAGGCUCUUCGCUGCUUGUACUGGAAACCAGAAAACUCUAUAUUGA